CGAUAUGAUUUUCGGAACAGGAGUUUGUGUGGUCAGGCGUUCUGCCUUGGCUAUUCCUUCCAAAUUGAAACAAAAUUUUUCACCUAUCAGUGUUUUUGUCUCAACGCCGUGUUCCGUCCGACAGCAUAGGUGCUUGUCGUAUUACACAGGAGUUCAAGCACGAAGUAGAUCAUCCUAUAUUAUGACAGAUAAAACUUUAGUGAAUUACAAUAUGGUUGUCACUCGCUCUAUGGGAGCGACACCUCCAAAUCUGCAGCAGAUCCACGACCGUGUCAUGUUUGUGCUGAAGAUGUUCGACAAGAUAGACCCUGAAAAGCUGACGGACACUUCGCACUUUGCAAACGACCUGGGACUGAACAGUCUGGACCACGUGGAGAUCAUCAUCCACAUCGAAGACGACUUCGACACUGAGAUACCUGAACAUGUGAUGGACAGACUGCAAACGCCCUACGAUAUCAUUCAGUACUUGGGUGACAGACACAAAGUGGAAGACUUCGAGUACGUGCCAGAAACGAAAGAGGAGUUGUUAGACGGACACAAACCAGAAGAUAAACACUGACCAUCUGUUAGAAAGAAGCUGAAGGACAUGUAAACGUAUAUUGUAGACAUGACCUACUAAAUGACACAACUGAAUCGCUUAUGGAUAUUUUGAGAUUUAUUCUGACAUAAAUUGAACCAAUUAACUGAUAUUUUGUUACCUGCAAACUUAAAUCAUACGGCAAUAAUUUCUUUUCGAAGCAGGUAAAUUAGCCCAUUUUUCUCACCGUUAGUAUUUACUAUUAUCGACAACAGGGAUUUCAAAGACUUUA